UUCAGUCCUACGAGCUCCGUCACCGACUCCAUUUUGUGAAGGCUGCAGAGGCUGAGCGUCGUCCCCGUGAAAGGCAGAAACCCAGAACCGACAGAAAGAGUCAAAGUAAGCCGAGGAUCCGCUCGCUAACCAACUUAUCGCCCGAAAGGAAAGCAAAUCUUAUCGUAUGUCCAAUCUCGAGAACCUCAGAGAUUUUGACCCCUUUGCUGAUGCAACUAAGGGUGAUGACAAGCUCCCAGCCGGGACAGACGAUUACAUCCAUAUAAGAAUCCAGCAGCGGAACGGCAGGAAGACCCUCACCACUGUCCAGGGCAUUGCCGCUGACUAUGACAAGAAGAAGCUAGUCAAGGCCUUCAAGAAGAAAUUUGCUUGCAAUGGUACAGUGAUUGAGCAUCCAGAGUAUGGUGAAGUGAUCCAGCUCCAGGGGGACCAGCGUAAGAAUAUCUGCGCAUUUAUCUUGGAGGUCAACCUGGCCAAGGAGGAGCAGCUCAAAGUCCAUGGCUUUUAGGAGCUAGCAGCCCCAUCCCCCUUCUCUCCUGGAAGGCCAUUAAACACCCCCUCCCCUUCCCUCCUCCUCUCCUAUGUGCUGCUGUUGCUCUUCCUGUCCCCCCACCUCCCUUGCAGCCCCAACAGCUCCUAUUAGCUAACACGUGAAUUACCUCUGACAAACAUGGGACUCUUUGACACCAUCAACCCUCUACAACACCAGGGGACAGGCUCGCUCUCACAAAGACACACCACUGCAGCUCCACACAACAUCAGGGAUGAGUGGUGAUGACCCUCCAACACACACACUUCCUCCUUCCUUUUCCCCCUCAACUGUUAAUUUCCUUUUUUUAAUUUUACUUUUUAGGUUCUUGUGCCUCUCAAAUGUGGCACCGUUCUAUGUAACUUUUUUGUUUUGUACUUAAAGGUGUUUAAAUAAAAUGAGUGUCCAUAUGUUGAAGUGGAGUGGUGUCCUGUGGAAUUGGGUGGGGAGAGGGUGUGGAAAAGAUGUCAUAGACCUAAUACCGGUGUUUGUGGCAGACGUGGGUGAUCUUUGAGAAACAGAUGCUGCAAGUGGGAGGAAGAGAAGUUUGCGCUAUGAUUUGGGAAAUUGCUAAUUUAAGUGACUUCCCUCUUUUCAGUAUCCCACUUUUUUCAUACCCAGCAGCCUGCUUUCAGAUUAGAGAGCAGUUUUUGUAAAGAGUAAGUACAUCUGCAUCAUCCUGUCCAGCAAACUGUGCUUCUGCUCCUACUUGAUGACAGAUUUUUACCUAUUUUAUUUUGCUGCCAACACAAGUAUUAAAAGUAAACGGUUGCUCGGAGGUGGUCUUACUUUGGGCAAAGUGAGGCCUGUUGUGUGGCCUGUGGUUAUGGACACUUGAAUCUUUAAUUUUCAGGACUGUAAUGCAAUAAUUUAUAAAUGUCAACUAAGAUGAAGAUACGCUUAAGUAAUACAACAACAAAGCCAUGGCCAGGUCAUACUGUGCUCCUGUGACUGAAGGUUAUGGAAAGCAAGCCUGUUUUGAAAAAUCCAUAUUUGGUUCAAUAAAAUUUCUGCAGUUGAA